UUGUGUGUAGUGUUUGUGUUGUUUAAUGUUUAUACUUAAUAGCGUCUCUUUUAAUUCUGUUAAAAACAAUUAAAAAACAUGUUAUAAAUUGAUAGAAUAUAUUUGCUAAAAUUAUUAGAUCAAACUAGAGUAAAUCACCAAUAAUAGUGAAAUUAUUUUGAGAUAUUAUAUUUGACUAUUUCCAUAUUGUUGUCAUCAUGGAAUUUGUAAUACCACUAGAUAAAAAUGAUUUAUUGCAAAAACGUGGCCAGGAAUAUGCUGUUGAGGAAUUAACAAGUUUGCGUAAUAUUAAUCAAGCACUUGAUGCUACAAGAAAACCAUUGGAAAAUGAAGGUCCACGUUACAUACUCAAUCACUUUGAUGAUUUUUUCUCAGUUCUUAUUCAUGGUUCAAGAUUGGAAGUAUCGGUGACAAUGCGAGCAUAUGAUAGAUUAUAUAAAACAAUUGAUAUUCUUGUUGAUGAAAUGGACAAAAAUUUUCCUGAAGAAGAAAGAAAGCUAUAUUUAUGUAUAAAUAAAAUGUUGGCUUAUUUAAUAUCAAAUUUAACAUGUUAUUUAGAGGAUACAACUCUUUCAAUGGACACUGGUAUAACUACUGGUGCUGGACAAAAAAAGAAAAAUGCACAAAAAAGUGAUGCAAGAAAUGAUUGGGAAGGUAAAAGAAACAAGUUAUUAUGUUUAAUAUAUAGUUGGCUUCAAUUACCAUUACAAAAUUUAUGGAAUCCACCAAUUGUUGAAGAAUCAUUUGUCAUGUUACUUGCUGAUAUUUGUUAUAAAAUAUUGGAGAAUGAUAAAAAUAGUAAAGAUACUAAACAUAUUAAAAGUUCAAUAUUUCAAAUAUUAGGAACACUUGUUAAACGUUAUAUUCAUGGUAUAACAUGUACAAUAAGAAUAAUGCAAUUACUUAAAUUACAUAAUGAACUAGCAGAACCAUUAGCAGUUGGAGUUGUAGCAAUGAUAACAGAUAAUGGUUGUACUGGUUUUAUUGCUGAAAUUGCUAGAGAAAUUGAUCAAAGUUCAUUGGAUGAAAGUGAAGCACGUAAUAUAUCACUAUUUAUUGAAAAUAUUGCAGCAGUUAAUCCAAAAAUAAUACUUGGUAUUCUUGAUAAUAUCAAUGAUUUAUUAUCAAAUGAUAAUUAUUCAUUGAGAAAUUGUGCUAUUAGUGUAUUUGGUAUUGUUAUUAAAGGUGCAUUGACCAGUGAUAGAUUAACAGAUGAAGAAAAAAAAAUGAGAGAUGAUUGUUUUGAUCAUUUAGAACAACACAUGCUUGAUAAUAAUGCAUAUGUUAGAUCAAAAGUAUUUCAAGUAUUUACAAAACUUUGUUGUGAAGGUGCUCUUCCAAUAGCUCGUUUUGGAAAUCUUGCUAAUUUAGCUGUUGCUCAUUUAACUGAAAAAAGUGCAAAUGUUAGAAAACAAGCUUUAAUACUAUUACGUGCACUCAUUGAGGCAAAUGCAUUUAGAGUAUCACUUGAUAAAAAUAAAUUUCUUAAAAUAAAAGCUGAAACUGAUAAAAAUAUGGAAGACAUGAAAGCUAAAAUUGUUCUUGAAAGUUCAAAAGGUGAUGAAGAAAGAUUUGAAUUAUGGAAAAGUAUGAUGCCAGAUAUUCAAACAGAAAUAAAAAAAUCAAUUUUAAAAGAAGAACAACGUAAAAAAGAUAAUGACGAUAAUGAAAAAGAUGAUGAUGAAGAUGAAAAUGAAGAUAAUGAAAUAGAUAUUAAUGAAGAAUUUGAAAAUAUACGUCAAUUAAUUGUCAAUAAAGAAUAUAAAAAAUCAUUAAAAUCAUUAAAACAAAUAUACAAAGCACAUAACUGGUCAAAAGAAAUAAAAUCAAUGAGUCCAGAAGAAAAAGAACAUUGGUAUUUUUUUGUUUUAUUAAGAAUAUUUAUGGAAUCAGAAAAAGCUGAAGAUUCUGAAAAAACAAAACAAGCUAAAAAAUUAGAAUGGCAAAAUCAAAAAGAACAAAUUCAACAAUGGAAAAGAGUUAUGGAUUAUUUAGAUAAUGCAAUAUUAUUUACAAAUGGAUGGGAAAAAGCAAUGCCAUUAAUACAAGAAUCAUUGUAUGCUGAUGUACCAACAGUUGCCAUUGAAGCAUGUACACUAUUACAAACUGUACAAAAAUAUGAAGUAAAUGGCUCAAAAGAAGCUAUUCAAAAAGCUUUAUCACAAGUAUUUUCACGUGAAGAAUCUGUUCGUAAUAAUGUUGCAAUUGUUUAUAAAGAAAUAUAUUUAAAUCGUGGUGAAGAAAAACAAGCAAAUGGUACAAUAUUACCAGCAUCACAAGCUGCUGUUAAUGGAUUAUUAAAAUUAUUUAAAGGUCUUGAAUGUGGACAGAGUUCAGCUCUCAUUCAAUUGAUAUCAAUUUGGCUGACAAAUAAUGAUUUGACUGAUACACAUAUUCAAAUAAUGUGGCAAAUUUAUACUAUGAAAAUACCUGGUACUACAAUUGAUCAAAGUCGUUGUGCAAUUGCAUUAUUAACUAUGGUAGCUGAAUCAAAACAACGUUUAAUGAAAAUAAAUAUGAGCAUUAUCAAUCAAAUUGGCUUUGAAACAAUUGGAAAUGAUAAUAUAUUAUUAGCAAGAGAUAGUUGUAAAGCACUUAAAACAAUAAAACGUUUACCACAUGAAAAUAUGGAAGAUCCAAUACGUUUAAAUAAUGAUGACAAAAUAUUUAAAAAUAUUAUUUCAUUUAUGGUUGAUAAAUAUGAUACAACAUCAAAUGAAGCAUACACAUCAUUUGCAACUGAGGCAAUAAAUGUCAUUUAUCAAUUGGCAAAUCAACCUGGUAAUAUUGCCAAAGAUAUACUGAUAGAAUUAAUGGAAAAAGAUACAACUGGUAAAAUAAAAAAAACAAAAAUAGCAAAAUUUCUUUAUGUUAUUGGUCAUAUUGCUAUAAGACACAUGGUUUAUCUUGAUACAGAUCUUUAUAAAGAAUUAAAAAGAAGAAAUGCAAUUAUUGAAUUAAAAAAAGGUAAUAAAAAUAAAGAAUUAGAUACACCAACAAGUGUAACACACUCAUCAGCAAUUAAAGCACGUAGAUCAAUACAUCAUCAAAAAGCUAAAGAUACAUUUAUUGAGGAUAAUGGUGAAGAAGCAUUGGGUGGUGCAACUGCUGAUGAUACUGAUGCUGAAGCAAUUGAAGCUGAACUUGAAAAUAAUAUUGUUAAUGGUGAUGGAUUUCUUGUUGAAUUUGUACCAUUUAUUCUUGAUGUAUGUGAACAUCCAGAAAAAUAUCAUGACAAGGAUAUAUGUGUUUGGGGUGUUUUAGCACUUAGUAAAAUGAUGACAGUAUCAUCAAAAUUUUGUCAGCAACAUCUUCAGUUGUUAGUUACAAUACUUGAAAGAUCAAGUCAUCAAGAAAUACGUUCAAAUAUAUUAUUUUGUCUUUCUGAUCUUAUGAUUAGAUUUCCAAAUGAAGUUGAACCAUGGACAAAACAUAUGUAUGCUAGAUUACGUGAUGAUAAUGUAUUAGUAAGAAAAACAGCUGUAAGUGUACUUGCUAAUCUUGUUAAAAGAGAAAUGAUUAGAGUUAAAGGACAAAUGUCAGAAAUGGCAUUGUGUAUUAUUGAUCCUGAUGCACAAAUUCGUGCUUCAGCUAAACAAUUUUUCGAAGAAUUAUCACACAAAGGUAAUAUACUUUAUAAUAUUAUGCCAGAUAUUAUUUCACGUUUGACCAGUGAUGAGGCAGAUAUUGAUGAAGAGGGUCUUCAUGAAAUUCUUAAAAAUGUACUUGGAUUAUUGCAAAAAGAAAAAGACAUUGAUACUCUUUUGGAUAAAAUAUGCUCAAGAUUUCAAUUUGCUAAAAAUGAUAGACAAUGGCGUGAUCUUGGAUAUUGUUUAUCUCUACUUCAACUUGGACGUAAGGGUAUUAUUAAACUCACUGAAAAUUUGCAUAUAUUUAAAAAUAAAAUUUAUCUUCGUGAAAUACAAAAAGCUUUGAAGGAUAUUGUUGAUGCUGCAAAGAGAAAAGCAACUACAAAAGAUCUUAGUGCAACAUUAGAAAGUGAAAUACAAAAAUUAAUUGAUAAAAGUUAUGAUGAAGAUGGUGGUCAAGAUGAUGAAGAUAGACGUGCAAUGCCACCACCAAAGUCAGUUAAAAAAACUAGAAGAGCUAAAAAAUCACGUGACAAUGAUGAAGACGACGAUGAUGAUGAAGAUGAUGAAGAUGAUAAUGCUCAUAAAAAUCAACGAACACCAGCAAAAAAUAAAUCAAAUAAACCACAAGUUACACCAAGAUCUUCCAGACGGAUAAGUUCAAGACCUAAUAAAACUCCAAGCAGACAAAAUAAUUCUGAUGACGAUGAUGAUGAUGAUGAUGAUGAAGUUGAUGAUGGUGAUCAGAAUCAAACUGAGGACAACUCACCUCCAGCAAGAAAAAAAACAAGAGAACCUGCUGAAACAAGAACACCACGUACAUCAUCUCGAUCAAUUGACAAAGAAAAUUUAACACAAGAGCAACAAACUCCAAAAAUGAAAACAGAAAAAAAUGUAAAAUUAACUAAAAAAACAUCAACUAAAACAACACGAACAACAAGACUCAGCAGUACAGACAGUGUUGACAAUGCUGAAUUUAGAUCACCACCCCCAAAGCUCACGAGAUCCACCAGAACAAAAAAAUAAUAAUAAUAAUAACUUCAUUUAAUAUUAGUUGUAAGUUUUCUUUUUUUAUCUUUUUUUAUAUAUUCUCUAAAUAAAUAACUAAAAAAAUUAAAAAUUAAAUUAUCCAAAUAAUAAAUAAUUAAUGUUUAUUCUAGUUUUAUUUUUUCUCCUAUUAUGAAAAAGACACUUGACCGCAUUGUAUUGGAAGUAUUUCGAAAAUUCAAUAAUACCUCUUUUAGCAUUCGAUAUUCCUGAUAAAUAAAAAGUGAAAA